CUGCAUAGUGACAUAUUUACAAAUAAGUAAAUAUAGCAUCACCUUCAUUCAUUUAUUUAGUUUACAUCUAAAUAGAUAACACUGAAUCAACAAUUUGACGCCACAAUACACGGUUCGAGACUGCAUCUCUCCAUCCUCGAAUGCGCCCCACGCUCGCCAAGUCGUUACCAAGCAUCACCUUAAUACCUCGUUUGAAUAUUUUUUCGAAGGCAACUUCUUUCAGAAUCAAACGCUGCCUUAUUUUCGUAGCUUCCGCCCACUGUGUCAGUACAAUGUAGAGGAAUAAGUAGAAGCUAGAACUGGAACUCUGAUUUUAGUGAACUUAUCGCGUAGACUCUACACAUAAUACUCUCUAAUUAUUUUGAUUAACACAUAUCUGCAAGUGAAGUAAGUUUAGUUCACUGUUAGCAGUUGAAGAGCACAGAAGCAAAAUGUCUUCCAAAAUAAUCCUUCACACAACCCGACGUACACCAGGAGGCCGAGCGAUCCAGAUUACGUCCAAAAUUCUGGGACUAGAUUUGGAACUUAAAUAUGUCGAUCUCUUCAAGAAGGAACAGCUGAGCGAGGAGUUUCUGAAUUUGAAUCCUUUUCAUACGAUCCCAACCAUUGUGGACGAUGGUGUUCCGGUGUACGAGAGUCAUGCAAUUCUGGUCUAUCUAGUGUCCAAGUACGCAAAAGAUGACGCUCUUUAUCCGAAGGACCUAAUCUCUCAAGCUCGCAUCCAAGCAUGGUUUCACUUCGAUUCGGGUGUUUUGUUUCCACGUUUGCGUGGAGCUAUGAGCACAGUGUACCAUCUUGGUAUGAAGGAGAUCCCACGCGAUCGGCUUGAGGCGAUCGAACAGGCAUAUGAGUUGUUCGAAGAAGCAUUAAGGGGCGACUAUCUUGUUGGAGAUUCAUUGACUCUAGCCGACAUAAGUGUUACGACUUGUUUGAUGUCAUUAAAUGGAGCUCUGCCGUUGUGCGAAUCGAAAUAUCCUAAAGCAAACGCUUAUCUGGAGCGAAUGGAAUCGGUGAUACCGUACUAUAAGGAAUUGGUUGCUGAUCCGGUGGAGGAGACCAAGGCUUUUCUCAAGCAGAAAAAGGAGGAAAUUAAUUAGCAAUAUGUAAUACGAUUGCAACGAAUAAAUGCAUUUAUUUAUGAAUCAUA